GCAGGCCCAUGAUAGGGUAACCCAUGUCUGUCAAGCAAAAGGAGAAGAGACGCUUAGGUUUCUUUCAUCACUCUCUCGGCACUAAUUGAUCUUACGCUGCAGCGAUUUCUACUCAACUUCUUCACCCCCAAACUUGGAAGAAUUGUUGUUUCUUGAUGGCAAUCUUUCUCUGGCAGCAGUGGUUUUUUCAGCAAUAUUUCUCUUGAAUUUUUGAUGCGGUUGUUUAUCGUUUUGCAUUGCCUUAAAAACUGGCUGUCCCUCAAGUGUAACAGAUGAAAUACACUGGACCAAAAUCCAGUCCACCCCUCUGUUGAAUUUUGACCAAAAAAAUUAAACAGAAGGGCACAGAAAAAAGGUUGUAGAUAUUCUGUAAGAGAAAAUGAGCCAUUGUAUGCAUCACUGCAAUACUGCUUUUUGCAAGCUAAUUCAAACUAAUCAUUCUUUACCAUGGCCAAACCUUUUUCCUCGGGUUUUUAACCCUACAAAAGUACAAUCAAAGAAGAACUCGAUAAAUUUGGACGUGCAAUCUCUGCCUUUGAAGCCAAGUUGUGUGAAAUUGCGAAGUGAGCUGGGCAGUGUUAAAACUAGCGAGGAUUCGACAAAUGGGGUUUUUUCCAGUGUGCAAAAAGUGGGGAAACGAACAGAUAUCAAAAAGAUUUUAAUACUAGGAGCCGGUCCAAUUGUCAUUGGACAGGCUUGCGAGUUUGAUUAUUCGGGAACACAAGCUUGUAAGGCCCUAAAAGAGGAGGGAUAUGAAGUUAUCCUGAUCAAUUCGAAUCCUGCAACUAUAAUGACUGACCCCGAUAUGGCAGAUAGGACUUAUAUUGAGCCAAUGACACCGGAAUUAGUUGAGCAAGUGCUUAAAAAGGAGAGGCCUGAUGCUCUGUUGCCUACAAUGGGUGGGCAGACUGCCCUAAAUCUGGCAGUGGCUUUGGCUGAAAGUGGUGCGCUGGAGAAGUAUGGGGUUGAGUUAAUUGGGGCAAAGCUUGGGGCGAUCAAGAAAGCAGAGGAUAGGGAUUUGUUCAAGCAGGCGAUGAAGAACAUUGGGGUCAAGACACCUCCUUCGGGAAUUGGGACAACUCUUGAGGAGUGUAUCAACAUUGCCAAUUCAAUUGGGGAGUUCCCCUUGAUUAUUCGGCCAGCAUUCACUCUUGGUGGGACCGGGGGUGGGAUUGCUUACAACAAGGAGGAGUUUGAGCUGAUUUGCAAGUCAGGGCUUGCAGCUAGUUUGACCUCUCAGGUUUUGGUUGAGAAGUCUCUGUUGGGGUGGAAAGAGUAUGAACUUGAAGUUAUGAGAGACUUGGCAGACAAUGUGGUGAUUAUUUGCUCCAUCGAGAAUAUUGACCCAAUGGGAGUCCAUACAGGGGACUCUAUCACUGUAGCUCCUGCUCAGACUUUGACUGAUAAGGAGUACCAACGGCUUAGGGAUUACUCAAUUGCUAUUAUCAGGGAAAUUGGAGUUGAAUGCGGUGGCUCAAAUGUUCAGUUUGCUGUGAAUCCAGUAGAUGGAGAGGUGAUGGUAAUUGAGAUGAACCCUAGAGUUUCGAGAUCAUCAGCUUUGGCUUCGAAAGCUACUGGUUUUCCAAUUGCUAAGAUGGCUGCCAAGUUGUCAGUUGGUUACUCGUUAGAUCAGAUUCCAAAUGAUAUUACAAAGAAAACACCAGCUAGUUUUGAGCCUUCUAUUGAUUAUGUUGUAACCAAGAUACCUCGGUUUGCCUUCGAGAAGUUUCCUGGCUCAGAGCCAAUUUUGACUACCCAGAUGAAGUCUGUUGGUGAAUCCAUGGCGGUGGGCCGAACAUUCCAGGAAUCCUUUCAGAAAGCAUUACGCUCUUUGGAAUGUGGCUAUUCUGGAUGGGGUUGUGCACAGGUCAAGGAACUUGAUUGGGAUUGGGACCAAUUAAAAUACGGCCUGCGGGUCCCCAGUCCAGAUCGCAUCCAUGCUGUUUAUGCUUCAAUGAAGAGGGGAAUGAAGGUUGAUGACAUCCAUGAGUUGAGUUACAUUGACAAAUGGUUCCUCACUCAACUUAAAGAACUUGUUGAUGUAGAACAGUAUCUUUUGGCUAGGAGUUUGUCACAAUUGACAAAGGACGACUUCUGGGAAGUAAAAAAGAGAGGGUUCAGUGAUAAUCAGAUAGCUUUUGCUACAAAAUCCACAGAGAAACAAGUUCGUUCAAAGAGAUUAUCUUUAGGUGUUAAACCUGCAUAUAAAAGAGUUGACACAUGCGCUGCCGAGUUUGAGGCUGAUACGCCUUACAUGUACUCAUCCUAUGACUUUGAGUGUGAAUCAGCUCCCACUGACAGGAAAAAGGUUCUGAUUUUAGGUGGAGGGCCAAAUAGGAUUGGACAGGGAAUUGAGUUUGACUAUUGCUGCUGCCACACAUCCUUUGCUCUUCAGGAUGCAGGCUAUGAAACAAUAAUGAUGAAUUCAAAUCCUGAGACAGUAUCUACAGAUUAUGACACCAGUGACCGACUCUACUUUGAACCUCUUACAGUUGAGGAUGUUCUCAAUAUUAUUGACUUGGAAGGACCUGAUGGCAUCAUUGUGCAAUUUGGAGGUCAAACUCCACUUAAACUGUCUCUUCCGAUUCAGCAGUUCCUAGAUGACAGCAAGCCUAGGUGCAGAAGUGGUAAUGGAUUUGUUCGUAUUUGGGGGACAUCACCGGAUUCUAUUGAUGCUGCUGAGGACAGGGAGAGAUUCAAUGCAAUCUUGAAUGAAUUAGAGAUUGAGCAGCCAAAGGGAGGAAUUGCGAAGAGUGAAGAAGAUGCUCUUGCCAUUGCAUCAGAUAUCGGUUACCCAGUUGUUGUCCGGCCUUCCUAUGUUUUGGGUGGUCGAGCAAUGGAGAUUGUUUAUAGUGAUGACAAGCUUGUAACUUAUCUUGAAACUGCUGUUGAGGUGGAUCCAGAGCGUCCAGUUUUGAUUGAUAAAUAUUUAUCUGAUGCAAUAGAAAUUGAUAUCGACGCACUUGCUGACUCACAUGGUAAUGUAGUGAUUGGUGGAAUAAUGGAGCAUAUCGAACAGGCCGGGGUUCAUUCAGGUGACUCAGCAUGCAUGCUUCCCACAAAAACCGUGUCUUCUUCAUGCUUGGAAACUAUUAGAUUGUGGACUACAAAAUUGGCUAAGAAGUUGAAUGUUUGUGGACUCAUGAACUGCCAAUAUGCCAUCACAACUUCUGGGGACGUUUUCUUGCUCGAGGCUAACCCCCGUGCAUCCAGGACAGUCCCUUUUGUUUCCAAGGCAAUUGGCCACCCACUGGCUAAAUAUGCUUCCCUCGUCAUGUCAGGGAAGUCUCUUAGUGACUUGUCAUUCACAGAAGAGAUCAUACCAAAAUAUGUAUGUGUGAAAGAAGCUGUUCUUCCAUUCGAGAAAUUUCAAGGGGCAGAUGUUCUUCUCGGUCCUGAGAUGCGUAGCACAGGUGAGGUUAUGGGUAUCCAUUAUGAGUCUUCAAUCGCAUUUGCAAAGGCACAAAUAGCUGCAGGACAGAAGCUACCACUUUCAGGAACCCUCUUUCUUAGCUUAAAUGACUUGACCAAGUCACACCUUCCAGCUAUCGCCCGAGCCUUUCUGGGAAUUGGAUUCACAAUCGUUGCAACUUCUGGGACAGCUCGUAUUCUUGAAUUAGAAGGUUUUCCAGUAGAGCGAGUACUGAAGAUGCAUGAAGGGCGGCCUCAUGCUGGUGAUAUGAUCGCUAACGGGCAAAUUCAGAUUAUGGUGAUUACUAGUUCAGGUGACAGUCUUGACCAAAUUGAUGGGCGCAAGUUGAGGAGGAUGGCUCUGGCUUACAAGAUUCCUGUUAUAACCACAGUUGCCGGCGGUUUAGCCACUGCCGAGGCAAUAAAGAGCAUGAAAAGCAACGAGAUUGAGAUGACAGCUCUUCAGGACUACUUCAGUCUUGAUAAAGAAGCAGAAAGCAAUAAAAAUUUGCAGUCAAUCUCAUCCUCUCUUUAAGUUAAAGAUAUUCAGUCAGUCUCAAUUUGCUGUAUUAGAAGAAACUAAGGUUGAAGAUGGUGCAUCAUGAAGGUCACAGAUCUGGUCAGACGAUAUAAAACGUCGCUUUGGGUGGCUGUCGAGUAAUCGUCUACUACCUGGUUCUGCAACAUAAUUGCACUAUUCAUCUUCCCUUCUCCUUCUCUUAUGGUUUUCAGUUCUUGAUCAGUGUGUAGAUGUAUUUGAUGUCAAAAUGUCGCCUAGACUCGAUAUCGGAAGUAUUUGCUGUGGCCAUUAGAACUGAAAUUAAUUUGUUGUACUUUGCUUUUUGCUAUUUAUGAAGAGGAUUGAAAAUUAUGGAUACA